CGAGGAUCAAUCAUCUCUCUGUGUACGGUUCAGGGUUGGAUCAGGAGAAGCUAGAUAUGGCAGGUGGGAAGCGCUUGAUCCUGCAGCUGUUGGUGGUGUGCUUGGCGGCGCCGGUGGUCAAGUCGGGCUGGCUCCAGGGCACCGCCACCUUCUACGGCGGCAGCGACGGCUCUGGCACAAUGGGUGGUGCUUGUGGGUACACGAACCUGUACGACCAGGGGUACGGGCUCGACAACGCGGCACUGAGCACGGUGUUGUUCAACGACGGGGCCUCGUGCGGGCAGUGCUACCUCAUCAUCUGCGACCAGGGCAAGUCCACUAUGUGCAAGCCCGGGACCUCCAUCACCGUCUCCGCCACCAAUCUCUGCCCUCCCAACUAUGACCUUCCAAACGACAAUGGCGGGUGGUGCAACCCUCCCCGCCCCCACUUCGACAUGUCGCAGCCCGCCUGGGAGAAGAUCGGCAUAUACAGAGCCGGCAUCAUCCCCGUCGUCUAUCAGCAGGUUAAGUGCUGGAGGACGGGAGGGUUGCGGUUCACCAUGCUAGGGUUCAACUACUUCGAGCUGGUGCUGGUGACCAACGUGGCCGGGAGCGGAUCGAUCAAGAGCAUCUCAGUGAAGGGUACCAACACGGGAUGGAUGCAAAUGUCCAGAAACUGGGGCGUCAUUUGGCAGGGCAUGUCGGGCCUGAUGGGGCAGACGCUCUCCUUGAGUAUCACCUCCACUGGCGGACAAAAUAUCGUCUGCGAGAACGUCAUCCCGGCCGGCUGGCUUUUCGGCCAGACCUUCUCCACCUGGCGGCAGUUCGACUAUUAACCGAUGAAGCCACCAAUAAUCAUUGACAUUGUUGUCUUCCUCUUCUCAUGCAUACAUUUGUUUCUUCCAUUUCUCCUCUCCCUCGAUUCAUCGUUCGUUUAAUUUGAUUAAUGGUUGUAGAUUUAUCUGUAAACUUGUAAGUCUCAUAUUCAUAUUCAAUUUAAGAAUUAUUUGAUACACGCAA